GCUAAGACCGCCAGUCACCACCGACGAGAGAGAGACGCCACCGAGAAUUUUUUUUCUAAGUUAAAUGGCAUUUUCGAACCAUUAAUAUCAUUUCAAGUGCAAUAUCAUACCCAUAACCCACCAGCCAACGGGCUGCGAUCGGAAAAUCUAUAAAGAUCGAAGGCAUUUUCGGCCAAUAUUCGUGCGAACAAAUUCAGUGGAAAGCAUACAAAAAAAAUUCCAACAAUGCGCAGCACAAUACCAAUACACACACACGGUGGUGGUGCUGCUGCUGCCUGAAAUUUCUUUAUGCCAAAGAGUGUACGCAAAGGGCAGCGGGCAAAAGAGAAACAGCGGAGGAAGAAAAAAAGAGAAAUCUAAACGUUGGGUCUAGAGUCCACAUUCACAUAUCACAUAUCCGGCGGGAGGUGGUGGCAUGCCGUAGCAUCGUCUGCGGCCCGCACUAGCAGCAGCAGCAGCAGAAGCAACGCGCCUCAUGGAUCCAUAUCAUCAUAUCAGACAUCAUUAUCCACCCACAAGCACCACAGCCACGUCGGGAGGGGGGGUUGUGGGCAGCACGGCCAUCAAUCGUCCGGAGCUGCAUCAAAAAUGCAACCGAGGAUCGCAUUCGAGUGACACUAGUUCUGCGUACAGCGGCAGCGAUACCAUGGCCUCAAACUAUGCCUCAUCGCUGGAGGCCGAAGAGAUUGAUCUCUCCGGCCUGGUGGAGUCCGUUGUGGACUCCGACGAGGAGGAUCUCGCAGAGAGUAUGGAUAGUCUAAAUGUGCGGGAUGCCGUGCGAGAUUGUUUGGAAAAGGAUCCCUCGGAGCGCAGCGAAGACGAUGUGGAGAUUCUGUUGGAGUUCACCCAAGGCCUGAAGGCCUUUACGAACAUCACCCUGGCCGUGCGGCGGGCCCUCUGCUCCGUGAUGGUCUUCGCUGUGGUGGACAAGGCCGGCACUGUGGUCAUGUCGGAUGGCGAGGAACUCGAUUCGUGGUCGGUGCUGAUCAAUGGAGCGGUGGAGAUCGAACAUGCGAACGGGACACGCGAGGAGCUGCAGAUGGGCGACUCCUUCGGGAUCCUGCCGACGAUGGACAAGCUCUACCAUCGCGGAGUGAUGCGCACCAAGUGCGAUGACUGCCAAUUCGUGUGCAUCACACAGACGGACUAUUAUCGCAUCCAGCACCAGGGCGAGGAGAACACACGCCGCCACGAGGACGAGCAGGGACGGAUCGUAAUGGUCACGGAGCUGCGGUCCAUUGGCGGCAGUGGUGCAGAGGCUACCGGCGGAUCAAUGACAAGUGCGGCUGCCUCGCUGAACAUGAAACGUGGCCAUGUGGUCAUCCGUGGCACCCCCGAGCGACUGCUGCAGCAGCUCGUGGAGGAAAACUCCAUGACAGAUCCCACCUAUGUGGAGGAUUUCCUUCUCACACACCGCAUUUUCAUCCACAACCAACAGGAGGUGACCGCCAAGCUGCUCCAUUGGUUCGACCUGGAGCAAAUGGACUCCCACAAGACGCAGGAGCUGCGGGAUCGUGUCACCCGCGUGGUCCUCCUUUGGGUGAACAAUCACUUUACGGACUUCGAGGCGGACCACGAGAUGAUGGAGUUCUUGGAGAUCUUUGAGGCUCUGCUGGAGCGCAAGAAGCUCCUCAGUCAGCUGCGACUCCUCCACAUUGCCUGUGCCGCAAAGGCACGGAUGAGAAGCUGCACGUUGACGCGCUCUUCCCGCGACGAGGCCCUCAAUUUCCAGAUCAUUGGCGGCUACGAGCUGAAGGGCGUGGCAGCGGCCACUGGGAAUGCCGCUGUUGGGAUCUACAUCUCGCACGUGGAGCCUGGCUCCAAGGCCCAGGACGUGGGCCUCAAGCGGGGCGAUCAGAUCCACGAAGUGAACGGCCAAUCCCUGGAUCAUGUGACUAGCAAGCGAGCCCACGAGAUCCUCACGGGCACCACGCACUUGAGCAUCAACGUGAAGAGCAAUCUGCUGGGCUUCAAGGAGAUCAUGCAGGCCCUCGAGCAUGGCGGAGGCAGUGCCUCGGGCGCUGGCGGCAUAUCCUCGGGCAGCGGCAGCUUCAAGGUUCUGCGCAGUCCGCGACGCAUCUGCGCCAAUGACAUUGCCAAGCUGCACGGCCGGUCCGACAGCACCACGGACGAGCUAACGAACGCCAGCAAUCGUGCCCACAUGGUGCGCCUCAGCUCCGUGGAUAUGCUGCUCGAUCAGCCCGACUGUGCCCCGCCCCAGACGCCGCCAGUGAGUGGUGGCGGGGGCGGGAGCAUGGCCUCCAAUUUCAUGGCACAGCUGCUGCAGAGCGUCAACAAUAGCUCAGCGAAAAAGGGCUCCAACGGCGAUCCGCAGGACACAAAGGGGGGAUUCAUGACUCUGGCGCCCAAGCGACGCCUGCAGAAGGCUCUGGCAAAAAUGAAUCUCUUGAACAAGCAGCAGCAUCACGUGGGCAGCCUCAACGACUCCUCGGACACGCUGCUGAACGAACCAGCCGCGCAGACGGGUCCCAAGGCCAAGAUAUCGUCCGCCAGCUCGGGCAGCAGCUCCACCCAGUCCUCGAUCAAUGGCUGUGUGGCCAGCAUCAGCAGCGGCAGGCUGUAUCAAUCGCAAUCGAAUCCGGACCUGACGAGCCUCAACUACGAUGGCGGCAGCGACGGUGCGGCCAUGCUGCAGGUCAACUACCUGGGGGCACAUCUGCACCAUCGCCCCUCGGCAGCCUCAACGCUUACCACGACCUCCACGCAGUCGCAUAUGCUCCCCGACUACCCGGAGCACGUCCUGAAGGUCUACAAGGCGGAUCAGACAUGCAAGUACGUUCUCAUCUACAAGGAGACCACCGCCCAUGAGGUGGUGAUGCUGACACUCCAGGAGUUCGGCAUCCACGAUCCCAGCUCGAAUUUCUCGCUGUGCGAAGUGAGUGUGGGCGAGGGCGGAAUGGUAAAGCAGCGACGGCUGCCCGACCAGCUGCAGAAUCUCGCCGAAAGAAUCAGCUUUGCGGCACGCUACUAUCUAAAGCUAAACGACAGCACGGAGCCCCUAGUGCCCGACGAAUUGGCCCUGGAAUUGGUGCGGGAAUCAGGUGUGCAUUUCCUCCACCUGAAUGCCUACGAGUUGGCCAUUCAGCUGACGCUUCAGGACUUUGCCAACUUCCGCCAGAUCGAGUCCACCGAAUACGUGGAUGAACUCUUCGAGCUGCAGUCCAAGUAUGGAGUGCCGAUGCUCAGCAAAUUCUCAGAGCUGGUGAAUCGCGAGAUGUUCUGGGUUGUCAGCGAGAUCUGUGCCGAGCACAACAUCGUGCGGCGCAUGAAGAUCGUGAAGCAGUUCAUCAAAAUCGCGCGCCACUGCAAGGAGUGUCGGAACUUCAACUCCAUGUUCGCCAUCAUUUCGGGACUGGGGCAUGGCGCUGUGUCGCGGCUGCGGCUCACGUGGGAGAAGCUGCCCUCGAAGUACCAGCGGCUGUUCAAUGACCUGCAGGACCUCAUGGAUCCCUCGCGGAAUAUGAGCAAGUACCGACAGCUGGUAUCCGCGGAGCUACUGGCCCAGCAUCCCAUCAUCCCAUUCUAUCCAAUUGUGAAGAAGGACCUGACAUUUAUUCACCUGGGAAACGAUACGCGUGUCGACGGAUUGAUCAACUUUGAGAAGCUGCGAAUGCUGUCCAAGGAAGUGCGCCUGCUGACGCACAUGUGCAGCUCCCCCUACGAUCUGCUGGCCAUCCUGGAGCUCAAGGGGCAGUCCCCCUCGAAUGCCCUCUUCUCGCUCAAUCAGAUGUCCGCCUCGCAGAGCAACGCGGCCGCUGGCACAGUGAUAGCCGCCAACGCGGGCCAGGCGACGAUCAAGCGAAGGAAGAAGUCCACGGCGGCCCCGAAUCCUAAAAAGAUGUUCGAGGAGGCACAAAUGGUGCGCCGUGUGAAGGCGUACCUCAACAGCCUGAAGAUACUCAGCGACGAGGACCUGCUGCACAAGUUCUCCUUGGAAUGCGAGCCCGCACAGGGCUCCACCUACUCGGGCAGCAUUUCCCAUGGCAACACUUCGCAUCGGAGUGGCGGCGGAGGCAGCUCCAGUGGCGGCGCCGGUGGCGUAAGCAUCGCUGGGAGUAUGGGGGCCGGCAGCUCUAGUCUGAAUGCCGGCGACCAGCUCAGCAUUUACUCGCACACCAGCUCCAGUUCGGCGCCCAACUCCUCCCUCUCCCUGCGGAAGCGCCACCCCAGUUCGCCCACCCUCUCCACCACCAGCUCGACGAGCUCCACCAGCGACAACCAGCGGCGCCAGCAGCUGCAGAACAACGGGCCCAAGUUCGGAACGGCCUCGCCGCAGGCCGUCAAAAAGAUGCUCUCGCUCUCGGAAUCAUCCAAGAUCCGACCUCACCAACCAUUCAUCCCGCGCCACAACUCAGCGCUUCCCGGAGUCAUCCCACCCCUCCAUCAUCUGCAUGCGGCGCACGGCUUUGCGACGCCUGUGACAGGGAGCACGGGCGUCGGAACGGGCGGCACAUCGCCAGCCACAGCUGCUGGAGUGGUGGCCGCCUCUCAGUGCACCCCGAGUCCUAGUCCCUGUUCACAUCGACGCCUGGCUUCGGCAGGUAACAUAAUGCUGCCCGUUCGGGCCAUACAUGAGCGUUCGCAUUCGGACACGCCAGCACCGCCACCGCCGCUACCAUCGGUGGAUCUAUCGCUGGAGAGCAGUAGUGUGACUACCUUUCGUGACUUACCCUUGCGCAAAUCCGUGACUUCCGGUUCCAUAUCGUCAUGCGACAGCGGCUAUGUGCAUCAGCAGCAGCAGCAACAACAGGUGCACCACCACCAACAGCAACAACAACAACAGCACCACUUACAAUACCAACAACAACAACCACAACACACCAACCAUGAGCCAUCGCCGCCGGUUUACACGGCAGCCGAUUGUCGCCUCUUACAGCAGAUAUCGAAUAAUGCGGUCACCCGCAAUCUGAACAGUCCCUGCCAGAGCACAAAUCACACACCACCCAGCACGCCCACACCACCACCACAACCGACACAGACACAAGCAACGUCUCAGGCAGCAAUUGCAGGCGCCACACCCACCAUACAGCUUUCCGCACCACCAACCGCUGCGGCCUACAUGCACAUGCGGAGUCAACAACAACAGCAGCAGCAGCAACAGCAGCUCCAACAGCAACAAUCUUUGGCCAUGCCGCCGCCACCACCACCGCCGUACAAUGUGCCACCGCUGGCCAGUCUAUACAAUCAUCAUCAUAGCAGUGCGGCGGCCAGUAGGCACCUCAACCACAUGCAUGGUGGCCCGCCAAAUUUUAUGGAUAGCACCAAGUGUACCAUAUGCCCCAUGCCACCCAUGAAUCAAUAAUGAAAUCAAAUCAAAUUGUGCUGUUUUAACUACUAAAAUGUUAAUUUAAUUAGUUCAUAUAGUAGAGUUGCCAAAAUUUGUUAAUGGUUGUGUGGUUUCCAUUUCGCCAGCAAAAAACCCAAGAAUGAAAGACAAACAGAGACCCCAUCUUCGGAGGAGGAGUAGCAUCCCAAAAGUGAGAGAGAGGCGAGUAACUGGAAGCCAAUUGUGUCGCGUAUUUAAUUUAGAAUUUAGCUUAAGUGUCUUACAGUUUAAUUUUAGUUGCUCUAGUGGCUUACGAUUUAUAAUUUAAUUUAGCUAAAUUCUUUGUACACAAGGUCCCGCCCCAAACAAGCAAACAUUCACCGCCUCCGAGCGCUUAGUCGUUGCCUUUUCUUGUAGAAGAAAACGUCGUCUGCAGGCAGACCCCACCACCCAAGCAGAAAUCCAAAAUCAAACUCUUUUGAAGACUUCAACGUCGGCAUUUACAGACAAAACAAAGCAGAAUUUUCCGAAUGCCCAACACAACACAACGAGGACGAUCCACACGCAUACUAAAACAGAAAAACAGGACGGACUAGAGAGCACUUACUCAAACAAACACACACACACACACACAAACAGGGGCUCUCUCGUGAAUUCCAUUAAUGUAUACUUCUUUUUUAUGCUUAUGUACAAGUUAGUUAUACUAUAUACAUACUACUUAUAUACGAUAUACUAUAUACACGCUGAAAAACCUUCGCUCCAAUUCCAAAUAUUUAGUUUGUAAGCCCAAAAGUGAGAGACAAAGAGAGAGAAAAUGAUAUCGAAUAUUUUUCCAAUCAUUCGUUGUAUUUAUGCGUAUUUUUUGCGAAGGUAGGAUACGGAUACGGAUACGAAAUGAAAGACAAAAUGCAAUACCGACCUAGACUCUAGCCGACACACAUGAAAAAUGAGAAAAUCAAAGUACAACUACACCCGAAAUACCAACCGGAAACAUAAGUUUAUAUAAAAGACAAAAACAACCCUGAGACUUGAUUGUUUUGUGAAUUUUUGUAUAUACAGUGGGGAGCAAAAGUGAGUACAUACUCAUAAUCACUGACUUUAGCCUCCCAUAACAGGCAAACGAAUAAAGCCAAACAAACCAAAUUUGUUCCCCAUAUAAAUACUUGUAUUCUUAACAAAUAAACAAUAAUUACAAGAACGAGUAAAAAUUUGUCAAAGAAUGAAAUGUAAAAAACCAAAAGAACUCGCAUGUACUCGGUUUUGCACUUUUUCAUAAAAAUUAAAGUAAAUCAUAAUAUUAACAUUUGGCGCAUAGACCUAUCCCUUCCACUUCAAAACAAGCAUCAUCCCAAUAGUCAGCAACUUUGUCUGCUGAUCUUGUCAGUGAUGACUAUAUAACCGGAUUUCUUGACAACACUGAAAUUCAGCAAGGAAUUGGCGGAGAGUUGAACGUCUGGAGUGACAACUAUUUCUUCAAUGAACAUUUUCCUAGCGAAAAAGUUCCAUUUGUUUCUAAUAUUGUCCUCAAGUCAUCAUGCAUGAAACUUUGCACAUUUUUUGCAGGAGAGUCCUCUCAUCCAAAAGAUAUUCAGAUUGAUUUGAAAAAUGCCAUUCUUGGAUAAGGACAUCCUCAAGACAUAUCCAAGACUUUCUUUGCUGAAUUUACCACUGAUGCCAAAACUGCUGAAACCUCUAACACUCCUACAGAAAAUUGGAAACCUCCAACUCCUGUGAAAGACGGUUAUAUGGCCAGCCAAAGCACAACAGAAGAGGACAAAGAAGCUGCAGGAAAGAAAAUGUUUGCAGGGGAUGUCCAAGCCUCAGAUGCAAUUGUCAGCAACACUGGAGAGAUCACAUCCGUUGACACUCGAUCAAUCAUUGAUUUUUGAAAAUACAUCUCUGACUCUCUGGAAGGACUAAAAGACCAAAGAAGUCUUGACAAGGAUGCAUACACCGCCUCCUCCAUAAUAGGAUUCAUGUCAUUGCAUUGCCUAAAAUUUAUCUGCAAAAAGCCAGAAACUGUUCAGAGAUCCAUGGCCAAUAGAAUGGGAAGACAAUUCAAUGAGCUGUUCAAGGCCAUGAAUGUGGCCAUUCCAAUUGUUCCCCCUUGUAUUGCAUCAUUAAAGACUCUACACACCAUCGCGUCUUCAAAGGAAAGGCUACAAUAGAAUACAAUAAAAAAUCUCCAGACACCAACAUUUUGGGAAUACUAUAUGGAGGCUGUCUAACACAUGUAGGCAUGCACGGAUUGGCUCCAAUCAAACACUUUCAACAUGCUGCAAAGGCAUGUGACAGGUCAACCAAAGAUUUUGCAAAGCAGAUAUGCACAUCAUUGGUAAAAGAUGCAUUAGUGCAGGUUAUAAGAAUGCUACAACUUGGCGGAACGGCCUGUACAAUAACUCUUUUUGGAGAAAAACAAUCCCUGUCUGCUCAAUUAACAUGGAGGUAUUGUCGACUUUAUAAUCCUUCCCAUUUCAAUAGGUUUUCUACUUCAAGUAACCACCGACUUAUUACGAGAUGUGCCGCUUAUAUUGAUGUCUUUGAACAAGGAUCAGAUGUAUCAAAAAUGUACAUUUUACAGUCUGCCAUAGCUCAAAAGAUCUUUGCUAAGGAGCGUGAGAGAGCAGAAAACUACGCCUCCCUCAACAUCGACGUUAUGGAUGUCCCCUUAACAGACUCCUCCAAGAAGAUAUAUUCAGGCAAUGCAAAAACAUUUAAUACCGGCAUGUCCCCAUUUUAACAAUACAUCUUCAAUUCCCAUUUUCAAUACUUACAAGUGUAAGUAUACUUACAAGUAUACACAUCCCCUGCCAACAUUUUCUUUCCUGCAGCUUCUUUGUCCUCUUCUGUUGUGCUUUGGCUGGCCAUAUAACCGUCUUUCACAGGAGUUGGAGGUUUCCAAUUUUCUGUAGGAGUGUUAGAGGUUUCAGCAGUUUUGGCAUCGGUGGUAAAUUCAGCAAAGAAAGUCUUGGAUAUGUCUUGAGGAUGUCUUAAUCCAAGAAUGGCAUUUUUCAAAUCAAUCUGAAUAUCUUUUGGAUGAGAGGACUCUCCUGCAAAAAAUGUGCAAAGUUUCAUGCAUGAUGACUUGAGGACAAUAUUAGAAACAAAUGGAACUUUUUCGCUAGGAAAAUGUUCAUUGAAGAAAUAGUUGUCACUCCAGACGUUCAACUCUCUGCCAAUUCCUUGCUGAAUUUCAGUGUUGUCAAGAAAUCCGGUUAUAUCGUCAUCACUGACAAGAUCAGCAGACAAAGUUGCUGAAUAUUGGGAUGAUGCUUGUUUUGAAGUGGAAGGGAUAGGUUCGGUCAUUUUGAUAUAUAUGAUGAUUAAUAUUAAGACAAAUAAUGUUCUUCAAAGAAGACAGUGUAUGAUAAAGGAUAAUGUAAAAUGGUUAAAUUAGUGGAUAGUAAUUUGAAUGAUAAGAUUUUUUUGUUUUUCUCUUGAACGCAGCAUAACCGAAAUGUAAUCAUUUUUUGACUCCAAUAUCUACAAUACGAGUAUAUAUACUAUAUAUUUUUGGUGUGUGCAUGAUUGCCUGUUAUAUACAUAGAAUAUAUACAAUAUAUAUAUAUAUACAAACCUAUAUACAAGAAAUCUCUAUACCAUAUUUAUGUAUACAAAAACACAAACCUGAACAAAAACUAGCCUGAAUUCCAAUGCAAAAACCAAUUUAUGUUUUGCUAAAGACUAAACAAAAUCGAAUUAGAAAUACUUUUAAGAAAUGUUUACUUUUUUUAUACGAUGCACAUUUUGUUUUAUCUGAGGCUAUCUGAUGGAUAGCGAUCGUUCCGUUCUAAACCAUCCUGACUAUGGAGGCAGCCCAACGAUCGACAGACAUCUAAAUAUUAACAGAGUUGAAAUCCGAUCUGAAAGCAUUUAAAUUCCAAAAACAAACAAGUUUCCAGAGAAAAAAAUUAAUGAAAAAUCUCUUAAGCAAGCUCUUUUAGUCAGUUAAGUUCUAACCGCCCCUCGGUCGCUUGGUCGGGCGGAGAGCUGAGGUUUUACCAUUUGAUAGGUGGAUCUGUCAACUCUGAUUCACAAAUUUCGUAAAAUGUUUCGUAUAAACAAAGUAAAUAUUUAGCUAAAGACAAAUAUUAUAAUUGUAUACAUCGUGCUCUUUGUAAUUUGAAUUAAGUUUAAAUUUGAAUAUAGCCCUGUAUUCUUUGAGUAUCGGGCAUAAAAACCAAUCUCCAAUUUGCUUGUUUAAGAACCUUACAAGAAGGUUAUCCAAACAAAGCUCAAAUACUGUAAUAAAAAACCACAAAAAUCAAAACCAAA